AUAAGGUUAAUUUAUUCCAUGGAUCUGGUUUUUGUACAUUAUCGUACAGUCACUUGGAGGCGCCCAGAGAGACGCCGAGAGCCGGAUGCUGCAAGAUGGACUUUGAGAGUCACAUGUUCAGCACUUCACCGGUGGAUUAAUUAAUCAAUCAAUCCAUCAAUUAAUCGUCUGGCUUGUGGACAAUCUGCAGGCACAAUAAAAAUAAAAACACGUUUUUAAGAAGUUGGAUUUGUGACACGGUGCGUGAAUAGAAGUGGCAAAAGAAAAGAAGAGAAGUAGAUUGAUUGCAGGAAAAAAAAAAACCCAAACCCUUUUUUUAAUUUAUUUUUUAUUUUUGAUCCACUGUGAUUUUGUUGAAACCCUUCAAGCUCGAGCUCGGCUCACCCGGACAAUGGCGGCGGUAACGAGCCCGGAAUCGAGCGCUCAGCCCCGGGUCUAUUUCCAGACGCCUCCCGGUACCGAAGAAGAAGUUCCACAGAAGCAAGGACGGGUGACGGUGAAAUAUGACCGAAAGGAGCUGAGGAGGAGGCUGAAUCUGGAGGAGUGGAUAGUUAGCCAGUUAAUGACUUUAUACGACUGUGAGGAAGAUGAAGUGCCCGAGCUGGAGAUUGAUGUGGACGAGCUGCUGGACCUGCCCAGUGAUGUCGAGAGAGCCAUCAGAGUGAAGAUGCUGCUUGUUGACUGUUACAAACCUAAUGAUGACUUUGUGGCUGCGCUGUUGGAGAAGGUGCGAGGCAUGCAGAAGCUCAACACCCCACAGAAGAAGGGGGAUGUAACCCCAUGAACCGCCCACUAGCUCCUCUACUACUGCUACCACCGCCACCAUGUUACCCUACUGCACCAACUGUGCACGGUGGAGGACACACACAGACCGUACUACUCCACUACAGUGUGUCAUAUGGAGACGAGCGAGGAGCUCAGCCAAGCCAAUCUCAGCUGCAGGUUAAUCAAUCACUCCAACUGUCUUACUUUGUUUUUCACUACAAGUUUCCUUAAUAUAUUCCCAUAGCGUGUGUGCGCUAGUGUCCCUUUUUUUAGCAUAAACGUACUGUAAGGGGCAGGAUGUGUUGUGAAAUGGUUAGUGUUAUUCACUUUUGUAUGCUUAAACACUAAGUGCCAUAGGACAUGGCUUUGUGCAUCUGUAAUUGAGUAGAAAAUUAGGUUAUGGCUUUUUUUCUUCCAUGUAGAGCUCACCUGAUGUCUUUUUUUUUUUUUUUUCUUUUCUUUCUUUUAUAAGUAACCCUUGUUUUAAAACAGGCUACGGCAGCUAUUAGAGACAACCCAGUGAGUGUUUGUUUUGCUUGAAAUAAAUUGUUAGGUUAUGAUGUAUUUUUGAAGUGACAUGGGGAGGGGCAAGGAAAUGGGCUUUUUUUUUGUGUGUGUGGUUUUGAGAUUUUUCCAUUUAGUAGGAUUUUAGGACCUGACAUAACCACACUGAAUCUCGGCUUUGUGCGCUAGGUCGCUUCUGGAUGCUUUAAAACAGAACAUCAAUAUCUGAUCAACAAAUUCAAUCUGAACUGUAGCAAUACCUCAAGAGUGCAUUUUUGUUACAUCGGUUUUUAACCAGUCUCUAUAUAUGCAGAUCUAAAUUGUUCUAGUGGUCAGGGAUCCAAAAAAAAUCAAGCUGACUUUUUUUUUUUUUAUGUAGAACUUUUUAUUCAACUCCAAAUGUUUUGGACAGUAAGGAAGUAAACACAAUCCUUGUUUUGCUGGAAUGAAAUACUGUAUGCACUCUCCUGUUCAAGUGUGUAGUAAUUUUGUUAAAAAUAAAGAAUGGUGCUGAAAACAA